GGCCCGGCGCGCUGCGGGCUCGGCGCGAUGGCGGCGCCGGUGCAGGGGCACCGAGCGCGGUACAAGAGCCCGGGCGGGCCGCCCUGGAGGGAGACGUACCGCAGGCGCUGCAUGGAGCGGCUGAGGAGCAGCCGGGCCAAGCUGCUGGAUCGCUACCGCCAGGCCGGGGACGGGGCGAGCGGGGCGGCCCCGGGCGCGCUGCUGGUGCAGGAGGUGAUGGAGCAGGAGUGGCAGGAGCUGCGGAACAGGCUGCCCGGCCUCGGCGGAGAGCAGCCCAUGGAGCAGGUGCUGGAGGACCCUGAUGAGCUGGCAGUGCUGGAAGAGAUCCAACAAGAACUGAUCUUGCAAGAGCAGUUGGUCUUCGAGGAGUACGAGCGGAGCCUGCGCUUCGAUGAGGAAUGUCUCAACGCCAUGCUGGACGGCCUGGAUGCCUCUGACAGGGUCAUCUGCCCUGUAUGUAGGAAGAAUAACCUGACUGUGAAGGCUCACUUGGUUUGUUGCCAGUGUGGACUGUACAUCAGCACACAGGAUAUGACAGAAGGGAAGCUUCGGUCCCUGCUGGAAAGCACCUUGACAGAGCACAGCCAGAGGUGCUUGCACAGCCCCGAGUUCACAGUCACCAGUGGCAUGGAGGAGGAAGCCAGCCUGCUGAUGAGCUGCUCAGUCUGUGACUCCUGGAUGAUUCUCCUCUAAGGUGAUUCAGCUGCUGCUUUACUUCUGGAAAACUUCAAUACUAAACUUCACCCAGAGCUGCUAGGACUCUUUUGUACAUAUUUCUAACUGCUGUGUCAAAAAGACACUCCAAAAGGCACAGUAUUGCCUUGACCUGCACUUUUAACCACACAGAACAUGUUUUGAAAUAAAUAUAUUUAGUUUAUUUUGGCCUUGAUGUUGUCUUUAAUACUACAUCAGUGAUCUCACAGCUCAUGUUGGACUUCAGCUUUGAGUUUGAAUGAACCUUAAAUAAAUUAACUAACUAACUCAAAACCUUUAAACAGCAAUUGCAGGCACUGAUUUAAGUAGAAGUGCUCAACCAUCACUGCCACAACUACUGUGAGCAGCUCUGGCACAGAGAAACUCUGCCAUGACUUUCAUGGCAGCUCUGGUACAGCAAGAAGAAGAGAAACCACCCUUUUCAGUGAUAUGUUGAACAGUUUUUAUUCUUCACAUUCACUCUUAAUUGUACAAAAAGCCCCAUGCAGGGCGAGGCAACUCCGGCCUGUAGCACUGGAGAACUUGAUUGGGGCUGCACCAUCACUACAACUCCCCAAAUCCAAGUGAG